GAAAUGCACCCCACCAGGUGUCCAUCCAAUCUCCCCACUUUCUUCCUCUCAAAAGUUGGGAGGUGAGUUCCUGCCAAGAGGCCCCUCCUCUCAGCAGUUGAAGACAGUUAUACAAUCUGGAUUGUGAAAUAUUGGAAAGGCCUGGCUCACCCCCGCUCCCCACUAACGGCUCAGAUAGGGUGCCCCUGAUGGGAGUUCCGUGCCCCCCAAACCCGGUCUGACCCUACUAACGCAGUAGAGCUCUUGGCAUAGAGUUUUAGGGGACGCUGUUCUUGUUCCCCUGACCCCCUCAUGGCGCGAUAGAGUCCUGGGAAGCCCGGGUGGCACGGGAAGUUACACGGUCACGCCACACUGACGGGGCACGGGCCACUGCGGGACACCUGUUGCGGCACGCACGGUGGGGUUGCCGAGUCUCACCUGCGCACGGGCUGGCUCCUGGUGGUGCUGGGCUCACAGCUGAACCGAGUUUGCGAUAGCCUGCGCCUCCGGCUUCCGCAGGGUCAGCUGACCGUCCAGUGCGGAACUAAAGCCCGGCCGGCGCAGCCCGCUGCUACCACGUUUUGUGCUCCACGCUCUGCAGUUAGGGUCGCAAGUCCGCCCGGUCGCUAUGGCUGGGCUCGUGGUCAGCGGAUCGCAAGUGUCCUACAUAGGCCAGAACUGCAGAGAAAUUCCAGAUCACCUCGGCAGGGACUAUGGACAUUUUGCGAAGAGGCUCGAUCUGAGUUUUAAUCUUCUGAGGUCACUGGAAGGACUGAGCGCGUUCGGGAGCCUGGAGGAACUCAUCUUGGACAACAAUCUGCUGGGGAACGACCUCGUGUUGCCAGGGUUACCCAGGCUUCAUACCUUAACCCUCAACAAGAACCAAAUCACUGACUUGGAGUGCCUGCUUGAUCACCUGGCAGAAGUGACACCAGCUCUGGAGUACCUCAGCCUGCUCGGGAAUGUAGCAUGUCCCAAUGAAUUGGUCAGCUUGGAAAAGGAUGAGGAAGACUACAAGAGAUACAGAUGCUUUGUUCUGCACAAGCUGCCCAACUUAAAGUUUUUAGAUGCCCGGAAAGUAACCAGACAAGAACGAGAGGAAGCUUCAGUCAGAGGGGCGUUCAUGAAGGUGGUGAAGCCCAAGGCUUCCAGUGACAGCACUGCUGCUUCUCCAGACUGCCACUACACACCCCUGCCUUCUGCCUCCAGGGAACUCACCAGUCAUCGAGGUGUCCUGGGGAAGUGUCGCUAUGUUUACUAUGGGAAAAACUCAGAGGGAAACAGGUUUAUCCGAGAUGACCAGCUCUGAAGGCAAGUUCUGUAUGCCUUAGCCCAUGUCAUGAGAAUUUUUUUAAAAAAAAAGGGAAAGCAAAAAUAAAGGAACAAAGAUGAAG